GCUACAACACAGCCGCAAGUGCUGCCAAUCGCGGCGAAUGGCAAGUUGGCCAGCUGCUCCUGAAGGAGAUGGCUGACGGCAAUCUACAGCGUGACCUCAUCAGCUACAAUUCAUCCUUGGCCGGCUGCCUGAGGGGCAGCCGUUGGAUCGCAGCUUUGGAUUGUCUCCCCGACCUGGCACAGCAGGCAUUGCUGCCAGACGUGGUUUCUGCCACCCUGAUCUCAGACACUCUCCGGUCUUCGCUUCAGUGGCGUCGCGGCAUCAGCUGCUUGGAGUCGUUGUCCACGGCGCGCGUGAG